AUGUCGCAGUCUCCUCCACUCACCCCUUCACAAUCGCUACCCAACACGUCAUCUCCAUCGACUCCCUCCAGGGUACCCCCACCAGGACCAUCACAGUCCAAGAUACCUCUUGAAGUUGACUUGACGAUAUCUCCACCAGCUCCUCCUCUUCCUGCACCUAUGACCACACGCACACUCCGUCCUCGCGCUGUUGCAGCAAAUUCUCCGACUCCUAGUUCGAGAUCGAGAAUAAGAGCAGGUGGGAGUAGGUCAGGUUCAACCAAUGUGGGAUCUUCAGCGACGUCUUCGAGGUCAGGCUCUGUGCUAAGCGAACGGGGAAGGGCGGUGGGAAAAGCAAGAGAGGCCGGACUGAGCAGGGAGAGAGGAGGAGGUGUGCCUUUGGGAGAGUUUGGGCGUGGACGAGGAAGUCAAAGUGCUAGUACGAGUGCGGUAGGAUCCCGAGUACCCAGCUUGACCAGAGAGGGACCCAGUGCCUCGGUCGAAACGGGCGAAAGGGUGGGGAUUAACGACCCUGAUCAUGGAACGGGGACUGCGUAUGGACUUGGCAGUACAACAUUAGGGAUGAAACGCAGGGAGGGCCAGAAUGAAGAUGAGGACGAGGGGGAUCGAGAUGUGGUGGGAGACAUGUUGGACGAGGACGACGCCUUACAGGCUUCGGCGGAAGCGGAAAGGUCUGGUGAAAGAAGGGAGGGAAAGAAGGCCAGGGCAGAGGAGGAAUCGGAAGGCAUUAGUCUGAGUACGGAUCUUGGCGAAGGAUCCUCGAGUCUUGGUGGCGGCGUUGGGAUGAGCGGUUCUGAGAAUGUUUCGUUCGAUGACUUUCCCCGGAUUUACGACUUCCACACUGGCUGGACGCUCAGUUCGCCACCUCCCUCUCACCCCGAUACACCCGUCGCACGCCCCGCACCAGGCCCGUCUACAGACGUGAACCCCUCUGUGUCCUCUGCUCCAUUUGUGCCGUCUAAUUUGCCUGCAUUCGUCGAAGGGUCCUCAGGCUCUUCAUCUGCACCUGCGACUAUCAUACAGAACGGAACUCAAUCGACCGUUCAAACCAGACGAGAAUCAGACGGCCAAACGCAGAUGCCCACCGUUAUCUCUUCGCCAUCGUCAUUCAGCGUUCCUCUCCACUCCCUACCCCGUCGCAGAUCCUCUCGUCUCUCCGCGUCCCCAGCCGAAGCAGGUCCAUCUCGUCUCGGGUUGAUGUCGACUUCUCCAGAUUUCCUCGAACCACGCAAUGUUCGUCGAAAGUUUGUCCCAGGGACGAACUUCCUCACGGUUGGACCGACGACACCGUCUAUUUCAGGGGCGUCUACGCCAAACCCUUUCACUGAGGGUUCGUCCACUCCUCCAAUGAUGAUGGAUGGAUUCAAUGGUGAAAGUUCGUCGAAUAGGAUGGGUAUGGACGCGGGUGUAGGUACGGCGAGCGGUUCGGGUAUGGACAUGGGGAUGAGCAGCAGUGGGCUGACAAUGGGGAUGGAAGAGGACAGUCCUAUGGCUCCUCUGGCGGGCCCCAGCUCGAAUAGAGCUCGCACAGAUCACGUCAGUGUGCGUGCGAGAGGCAGAGGUAGAGGAAGGGGCUCAAGAAGGAGAGGCGAGGCGGGGAGGUCAAGUCUAGGAAUGAAUGUGGCGAUUGGUAGUGGCAGUGGCAGUGGCAGUGGCGUGGCAAGUGGUAGUGGAUCAAGACACAGAAGGGGUGGAAUCGUGGACUCAGAUGACGAAGUCAUCGAGUUGCCGGACCCAGGGCUCGGUUUCGACUCACCGAUUGUUUCCUCAAGCACUGCGCCACAUGAGCACGCCUCAACCUCGUCUGUACCUACAAAACGCCCGCGCCCAUCCGCCUCCUCUCAACCUGGCACCUCCCAACCUUCCGCAUCCUCCUCCCAAUCUCGUCUUCCCAAUCCGUCAACGAUGUCAAACCCAAAGGCAAAAACAAAAUCACACACUCAAUCUCGUCCGCGCGAACCAACACCCGCAGCCGAAUCUCUCCUCUCCUCUUACGCCUGUCCGAUCUGUUUCUCGCCACCCAUUAACGCGACUCUCACGCCCUGUGGACAUAUUAUGUGCGGGGAGUGUUUGUUUACUGCUGUUGGGGUGGCAGUGGGUAGGACGGGGGCGGUGGGUUUGGGUGCGAGGUGUCCGGUUUGUAGAGCGAAUCUGCCUGGAUGGGAUGGGAGAGGCGGAGGUGUGAUUGGGUUGAAGGCGAGGGUUUUGAUCAGUUUGUAGUUCGCGAUCUAGCCAACCCUCUGCGGUGUUGCUCAAGGAUGAAAUAUAUGUCUUAACCAUAGCAACAAAUAAUCUAGGACCUCGAGCAAUAUCAAGAAGAGAUACCUCUUAGUGUUAUCUGAACUCCUUCGAAUAUAGGUCCAUGGAGUCCGACCCCCAUCGCAUUUAUUCCUUGCGCCACACGACCCUGACUUCCGCGCUACCCCGCGCCAAUCCUCCCACUCAUUCACCGAUCUCAUCCGCGUCGCCCGAACAAUACUCACAAAUCCAUCUCUUUCCACAUUCCAGCAUCCGCCCAUGGCAAGAAUCCUCAUGCUCGCACUGCUCGCAAGGCUUAUACCCACAUACGGCACAAAACCGCCUUUUUCGCCACUUGUGCCACUCAUCCUCAUCGCCUGCACAGUACGCACACAGCCACUUCUCACUACUGCCCGGCGUCCACCCAUGAUUAGAGACCUCGUCCGCGCAUUGCUCGCAAGGCCUAUACCUGCAUACGGCGCAAACCGGCCUCUUUCUCCAGCACCCUCCACAAAGCCAUCGUGGGGAGCACGCGGGCGUACGAGUAUCGCCGCCGUCGUCGUCUGGGUCCCUCUCAACAUCCUGGUUAUGAUCUUGGUUCGGCUCAGUUUUGACGGUUUGAAGACCGCAUCCGUUCGCGAGGUAGGAGCAAUCGGCGGCCGUGCAUAUGAAUUUGAAGCAGUUCGCGCACUUCCCAUGCCCUUGGACCCAGCAUGAAUCACAUAGAGUGGAGUCGAAGUGACAAGUUUCGCAGCGACGUAUGCGUAUGCGACCCAGGGAUAGUGCGGGGGUGAUUCGGAUCCGGCGACAAUGGUGGACGCGAUUAUCGCAUUGAUGGAUGAUACGUGGAUAUCGAGACCGGAUGCUGAGCGUUAUGCACUCGGACUCGGGACACCACCAUUCACGAGUAUCGAUCGG